CCAACUGGCGUCGGAGUUUGGGAGUUGCCUUGUUGGACUACUGCUUGGACGCAAGCAAAGCAAAGCACUUUCCGAGCGACCCUCUCUCGGAGUCUAUUUAGGGCUCUCUCUCCGUCUCUCUGUCUAUCUGUUUCCACAAGAAGAAUAGAAGAUGCACAGGUCGUCAAGCAAUUCCAGAGUCUCCGAGGAGUUCUUCUCGUCACCUUCAUCGCAGUCUUCCUCAGACGCCGACCAACUACUUCCCACUUACGAUCCCCUCUCCCACGUCGCCAAGAAAGAACGGUCCCGUCUCAGAUCCGCCGAGUCCGCUGUCCACGCCAUCCCUCUCGUUCUCCUGCUCUGCGGCAUCAUCCUCUGGAUCUUCUCCACCCCUGAAUUGAGGGCUUGAAGUUUGACAGCUAUGUCGUGGUAAGAGUACAGAGAUCAGUUUCCUCCCAGACUUCGAGCUGACGGGACUUUGAUUCAACCAAACAAGUUUGACAACACCAGCCGACAACAAUACUAUUUGAUAAGCCUACUGAGUGAGGUCAUUCAUAUUUGUAAGAGAGUAAUGUUUGCCAUUUUAUAUGAACAAAAAGAUAAUAAAUGUCGAAUUCUGUUAUUAUGAAAGCAGAGAGCAUGAUUUUCAAUGAAGUUCCACUAAUUUUUGUGCA